GUAUACAUUGACGCCGCAUGCACGGCGGACACCACUGGUGUGGGAGAUCGUUGGACCGACGUACCAGAUGUCGUCCCUUGGUAUACCCUUCCGCUUGCCGCCUGAUCCGCGAGGAGAUGACGAAGGCUCUGCUCCUUCUUCGUCCGAUGCGCGGGAUUCUGGGUACUCCAGCGGAGAUGUGCCUGCUCGGGCUGCUUCAUCCCUCAAUGUCGAACCCUCUUCUCAAGCCGGGAGCGAUGCUGCUGCUGAUGCUCCCGGCGGUGCUUGUCCGCAAGUCAGGAGCAGACGAACGAGGACGGUAAAAUCGCGGGCAGUUUUCACACCCGAAGCCGACACGGGGAAGCCGCGCGGUCGGAAAGGCGGUAGGCCGCGCAAGCAUGACGGAAGGGGUAGGCCACGCAAGGAUGCGCAGAAACGGAGCGGCUUCCAAGACCUCUUGACGGACGAGGACACGCCCACGGCUGAAGGGGCUGGGAGCGAUGUGCACAGGCGAGUGAAGCGUUCUCGAAACGCCAGUGAUGGGGAAAACCGAUGGGAUAGGAUCCGCGCCAAGUUCAAGCUUUUGCUGCACAAGAUGCGGAGAGACACCCACUUCCUCCAGGUAUACCAGCAGGAUGGAUGGAAGAGCAGCGGCAGGGAGAAGCUGAAACCCACAGCCGAACUCGAGAAGGCUAGAGAGAAAAUUCGGGGGAUACAAGCGGAGCUGCGAGAAGUAACCCGGCGCCUCACCGAGAUGAACCCCGGUGGCCUGCGAUGGGGAGCGAUACAGGAAGACGGAGAGGGCAACAUCGAGGUCGACGAGAUCAUGUGUACCAAGUGCGGCCAAGGAGACUCGGAUGACCAUGACGACAUCUUGCUUUGUGACUACGCCGGGUGCUUCAGGGCGUACCACCAAAACUGUCUAUCGCCUCCCAUCAAGCCCGAAGUGUUUCCCGAGGAGGAAGAGGACUGGUUUUGCUGGCAGUGCGAGUGUCUCACGGAUUGCUUCGAGAUGCUUGAGAAUGAGUUCCAGGGGGAAAAGUUCACAUCAUGGAAAGAUGUUUUCCCGGUGGUGGAAACGGGGGCGGAAGGCGGUGCAGCCGGUCAACAAGACGUUCUGCCGACCGAUUCAGAUGAAGACGACGACGAGAGCUUCAAGGGAAGCAGCAGCGAAAGCGAGGGUGAAACCGCCGCAGGCAAGCAAAGGCGAAGAAAAGCAAGCUGCAGCGAUAACAGCGGUAGCGACAGCGGUAGGGGUAGUGAUGAUGACGAUGAAAACAGCGGCGACAGUGAUAGCGACGGCGACGGCGGCAAUAACAGCGAGGCAGAUUGGCUGAGCGACGCGGAGAGCGUGGGUUCCGACGAGGUAUCCAAGCUCUACAGCGAAGCGGGAGACCUUGCUUGCUCUGCCGAAACGGACGACGGCGAUGUGGGAUCAACGGCAGCAGAGGGAGGGUCCUUGGGCGGAGGGAGGCGUAGCCGGGCACUUGCGAGACGGAGCAAACGAUAUGCGGCGCUCGGUUUGGGGGGCGAUCACGUCGCUCAGAUGCAGCUUGAGAAGCGGGAUAUCACGGCAGCCCUAGCCGGGAACACUAUGGACACGGCCAACAUCAUCGAGAGUCGCACUCGACGAAGAAAAAGCGUGGACUACGUAAAACUCAAUCAAACCGUGUUCGGAGACGAGUCGGUAGACGGAGACCACGUAUCCUCAGACGAACAGGACGAAUCACCCGAACCUUCUGAGGGUGAAGCGUCCGACGAAUCCAGCGGCGCGUCAAGAAAAAAAAAGAAACCAAAGGGCAAGAGCACCCCGUCGAUAGAUCCAUCCACCGGGCUGCCACGGAAACGAGGCCGGCCCAGAAAAAUAGAGGCAGGAACAUCAGGGGCGGCUGGGACGACUACCGGAGGCGGAUUGUCCAGGCUAGGUCUCAUCGAUGGGACCUGGCACUCCUGCGACGGGCGGGGGCUGCAGUCCGAGGCUUCGUCGACAGUGGCGCGCGCUUCGAGCAUACAGAAAUCGCAAAAGAUGCCAUCCAUAGACCCAGCUACCGGACAGCCUCGAAAAAGAGGUCGGCCACGAAAGUUGGUAGAGAACGGUGCGGCAGAAGGAGGUGGCGCCGGACCCCGCAGGAGAGGCCGCCCGAGAAAAUCCGAAAACGGCGCGAUGACGCGCAACCUAGGUGCCCGGAGCGGCGUCGAAGCAAGGGCACCGGGCAAUCCCUCCAAGACAGCGCCCAGCUUGUACUCUCCGCAGAAAGACUCCAAGAACGAUGCUGGAAACGUUUGCCAGACGAAACAGGGCAAAGGGCGAGGCCGUCCUCGCAAGGGUGCCAUCGCAGUCCGAAAAGAGACGAGGGCAAAGGAGGUAGGUCUUGGCUUCCCCGCAAUUGCGUACGAAGACAUGGAAGAUGAUGAUACCGCCGCUGUAGCGGCCAUGGCAGCUGAAGUAGCGGCGAAGGCAAAACGAGCAUCCACCGAGACGUGUGCAGCAAGUCCUGUCCAGCGCGGCCCCGGAAACCCCUCCUAGGACUCAAACCCGUGCUCUACAACCGGCGGGGGUAGCGGAGAUGUUUCUUUAGAAUGGAAUGGUCUCGCGUGAGUGUCUUUGUCGACAGUUCGUAGAUGGAUUGGGACUACAUGCAGCAGUGAUUCGUAAUGAAGCUAGUAGUGCUAAUAGUGGUCGAGUGAGACCAGCCCUCGGUGGGACAUGGAGUUGGGU